AGCCGAAGAAAAUAAGCGCCAGUGGCCCUAAUCACACUCUCUCUCUGUGUCUCUUCACCUUCGCAGGGUCCAUUUCUCCUGUUUCUGGCUAGAUACAAGAAGCUUGUCUGAAAGAACCUUUGAUUGGUCGUUCUUUAGUUUGGGAUCGCUUCUUAGCUGACUUAUCAUCAUCAGUCUCGUACUCUCGUUUACUCUCCUCCUUUGGAUUUGAGUGUAGUGUUGGUAUUUGUCGAAUUGUCUGAGGAAAUGUCAGGAUGUGCAAUGAAUUUUCAGCUCUCGAGUGUUGUUAAAUAUCGUAAUGACAUCUCCUCGUUGAGGAUUUGUAAUCGAGACUUUGUGUUUGGAGACUUGGUUAAGGAAAUGAAAGUAGCUGUUUUGUGGAUUAAGGGUACGCAAAGAUCGAGGCUUUUGGUGGUUAACAUGUCUCAGUCUCCCAUUGAGCGGCAAUCUGUAGUAGAAGUAGAAAGUGAUGUCAACUUAGGGAAAGGCGACAAUGUAAGAAACUUGGGAACUGAUGAAACGGAGAAGUUUGAAAGUGAUGGUAAUGUUGGAGAUGGGUUUAACGGUGGUGAUGGUAAUGGUGGGUUUAAUAACGGUGGAGGAGGAGGAGAUGGCGAAGAAGACUACGAGGAAAAGGAGUUUGGACCCGUUUUGAAAUUUGAAGAGGUUAUGAGAGAGACGGAAGCUAGAGGAGCCACGCUUCCAUCUGAUAUGUUGGAGGCUGCUAAGACCUUUGGCAUCCGCAAUUUGCUUCUACUUAGGUACUUGGAUUUGCAGAGCUCACCUGGGGUGCUUGGGUUUGCUAUAAGAUCAUGGUCUAUGCUUCGAAACAGAAUGUUGGCUGAUCCAUCUUUCCUCUUCAAAAUAGGGACCGAGAUAGUCAUUGACUCUUGUUGUGCCACUGUUGCUGAAGUUCAAAAGAGAGGGAAAGACUUCUGGGCAGAGUUUGAGUUGUAUGUUGCUGAUCUUCUUGUUGGAGUUGUGGUUAACGUCGCUCUUGUCGGUAUGUUGGCCCCUUUUGUCCGUUUUGGUCAACCAUCAGCAUCUACUGGCUCCUUAGGACGCAUGCUUAAUGCCUAUAAUGCGCUUCCAAGCAGCGUGUUUGAAGCUGAAAGACCAGGGUGUAGCUUUUCAGCUCAACAGAGACUCGCUACAUACUUCUACAAGGGAAUAAUGUAUGGUGCGGUUGGAUUUGGAUGCGGCAUUGUAGGCCAAGGCAUUGCUAAUCUGAUCAUGACUGCUAAACGAAGCAUAAACAAAUCAGAAGAAGACAUUCCAGUACCACCACUCGUCAAGAGUGCAGCUCUCUGGGGUGUGUUCCUUAGUGUUUCAUCGAACACACGUUAUCAGAUCAUCAAUGGUCUAGAGAGAGUGGUUGAAGCAUCUCCUUUCGCCAAGAAAGUGCCUCCUGCGGCUUUGGCAUUUACUGUUGGUGUAAGGUUUGCUAAUAACAUCUACGGAGGGAUGCAGUUUGUGGACUGGGCAAGACUGAGCGGUUGUCAGUGA